GGGGGAGGGCUAAAAAUCGUGAGCAAAACUCCCUCUGGCUCUCCGCAGUUCUCUGUUCAUCUUCGAAAAAUCCUUCAUGUCUCUGUCUGUGAUCAUAUUUUUCGUCUUUGCAAUGGAAAAAUGCAUAACAUUGCGUAUUCUCGUUUGGGCGACCUUCAAAAAUCCUUUUCUCUGUACCGGAAAGUGCCUUGGUGGGAUCAUAUUCUUGAACCAGAUUCCGAUUUCGUCUUCCGAUGGCACCGCAUCUUCCUCGUCACUUGCUUGAUCGCGCUCUUCGUCGAUCCUCUCUACUUUUAUCUUCCAUUCAUCGGAGCUCCUGGUUGUAUGCAAUUCAACCUCGGACUUGGCAUCGUCGUCACUUUCUUCCGCACCAUCGUCGAUUUGUUCUCCAUGUUUCAUAUGCUUAUGAAGUUUCGCACCGCCUUCGUUGCGCCAAAUUCUAGGGUUUUUGGCCGUGGAGAUCUCGUUAAGGACCCUACGGCAAUUGCUAUGCGCUACCUCAAGAAGGAUUUUGUCAUCGAUCUUGCCGCUACGCUUCCCCUGCCUCAGAUUGUGAUUUGGUUCGUGCUUCCAGCGUUAAAAAAUCCAACAGCGACCCAUGCCAACCACACUCUUGCUUUGAUUGUGCUAAUUCAAUAUGCCCCCAGACUGUUUGUUAUAUUUCCUCUGAACCGACGAAUUAAUAAGACCACCGGAUCAAUAGCCAAAACUGCGUGGGCUGGUGCAGCUUACAAUCUGCUUCUCUAUUUGCUGGCUAGCCAUAUUAUAGGAGCUGCGUGGUAUGUGGCAUCCAUUCAGCGGCAGGAUGAGUGCUGGAAGAUAGAAUGUAGGAAGGAGAUGAAUACCACGCAUUCUCCUUCUUGUAAGCCUUUUUUUCUGGACUGUGAUAGUUUGAAUGAGCCAGAACGAAAAGCGUGGCUAAGAAUUACUCAUGUUCUUACAAAAUGUGAUGCCCUAAAUGACGACAAGAAUUUUCAGUUUGGGAUGUUUGCUGAUGCGUUCACUGCCGAAGUUGCUUCAACAAACUUCAUCGAGAAGUACUUCUACUGCCUUUGGUUUGGUCUUAAGAGUUUGAGUUCAUAUGGGCAAAAUUUAGCGACCAGCACUUCUAGUGGUGAAAUUUUAUUUAGCAUUCUGAUUUGCUCAAUGGGGUUGGUUCUGUUCUCACACCUCAUAGGUCAAGUGCAGGGCUAUCUGCAAUCCACAUCUGCAAGACUUGAAGAGUGGAGAGUAAAACGAAGAGACACAGAGGAAUGGAUGAGGCAUCGACAGCUACCCAUUCACUUGCAAGACCGAGUUCGUCGAUUCGUUCAAUAUAAAUGGAUUGCAACUCGAGGUGUCGACGAAGAGUCGAUCUUGCGCUCUUUACCUUUGGAUCUUCGACGUCAAAUUCAGAGGCAUCUUUCUCUCGCACUUGUUCGCCGUGUUCCUUUUUUUGCACAAAUGGAUGCUCAGCUAUUGGAUGCCAUAUGCGAGCGUCUUGUUCAAUCCUUGAAUACUAAAGACACAUUCAUAACCCGAGAGGGAGAUCCAGUAAAUGAAAUGCUCUUCAUCAUCAGAGGCCAACUAGAGAGCUCCACCACCAAUGGUGGCAGGUCAGGAUUCUUCAACUCCAUCACCCUCAGAGCUGGUGACUUCUGCGGUGAAGAGCUACUAACAUGGGCCUUAGUCCCAUCCCCCAGCAUAAGCUUACCCUCCUCAACUCGAACCGUGAAGUCGCUCACUGAAGUCGAGGCGUUCGCACUUCGAGCCGAAGAUCUCAAGUUUGUAGCCAGCCAGUUCAAGCGCCUCCACAGCAAGAAACUCCAGCAUGCUUUCAGAUACUAUUCCCACCAGUGGAGGACAUGGGGAUCUUGCUUCAUACAAGCUGCUUGGAGAAGGUAUGUGAAAAGAAAGCUAGCUAUGGAGUUAGCAAGACAUGAGGAGCUGUACUACGCAACAAUGAUGGACCAAGAGAACAGCAUUGGCAGUAAAAUGGAAGGUGAAGAAGGAGGUGGUGGUGGUGGUGAAGCCAGUGGCUCCAAAAAUACCACUAAAAAGAAAUCCCCACAUCUUGGAAUAACAAUGUUGGCUUCAAAGUUUGCAGCAAAUACAAGAAGAGGGCUUCACCAGAAGUCGUUGGCAUUCGUCUCAGAUGUCAGCAGCUUGAAAAUGCCUAAGCUGUUUAAGCCUGAGGAACCAGAUUUCUCUGCUUUCCGAGAUGGGAGUUGAGUUUCCCAAAGUAACCAAAACUCUCAUUCCACAAAACCAAGAGAUUAGACAAAAACAUAAUUGUUUACUUUCUACAUAAUCUUCAGCAAUCAUUAGGUGUAAUUACACAACAAUGAUAAUAUGUAUUUCAUGUAUACUUACAAAAAGCUUAAUUCAAAUUCUAAAUCUGGGCUAGGAAAGUUCAGACUUGCUUAUACUUCAAUUGCCAUGUAAAAUUUCUUUUGUGAAUGAUGUGGUAAAUAAAUUCAA